AUGUCUUCCCGGCCGUCCGCCUUCUUGGGUGCGGAAAAACGCAUCCAUCCGAUCUUAGAGUGGCGGACUGUGACAUCUGCUCCUCAACGUCCACUACAAGUGGAUGUUUUCCGCUGCUUGAAGCACGAGGCGCCGGAACUCGCGGUCACGGUGUACAUGGGUGACUUUGACGGAGCUAUGCGAGCCGCAGUGGAGGCUGAGUUUCCUGGCGCGCGCAUCUUAGGAUGCUACUCCCACUUCUCUCGAAGUCUGGUGAAGCGCGCCAGCUCGCCCGCUGUCGGCCCCGCUAGCGAAAUCAGGCGCCCAGGUCCCGUUACCGCGAGCUUCCACGCCUUUCUCGUUCUCCCCUAUCUACCGGCGCAACACAUCGACGCGGUCUUCGAAGAGAGCGCACAAGAAGCGCUCACGAUAAGCCCCCAGGGGGAUGUUUUACGACGGAGACGGUCACAAGACUGCAGUCCCAUCGAAAGCCUUUCGACGGGACCCAUUAUAAGCAGCCAAGGAACGGAUGGGGCAACCGCCCGUAUGAGGCCGUGCUCGAAGUCGAGAUCGUACAGAGUGCCGUGGAGACUCCGAGUGAGCGAGGGAACCAAGUGGGUAUCAAAUUUUCCUUCUCGAAUCAAGUCUCAUAUCGCCUGCUUCAACGUCUUUCAAGCUUCCAGUAAAUGUUGUAUGUACCUGUAUUCUCAAUGUCGUGACUACUCCGCUAUCUCUUUCUCAUCUUUAUCUUAGAGCCGCGGUGCAUCUCGUGACGUCGAGAUUCGUCGACGUCGUCCUGGUUGCAGCUCGGGGAACUUUCUGCCUGAUCCAAUUUCGAGCGUGAACUAGGGAAAAAUAUGACAAGUAAACAAGAGACAAAAAGUCUAAAUAGGGCUGAGAAAGCGUAUGAAACAUAGAAUGAAAAAACAAUCCCCGAUUCUCAGCGAAAAAAUCCAGGGUUGAUCUAAUUCUUUCUUCGUCAUAUCAGAGACCGGGCUUACCUCUGAGUAGCAUCGCUCUGAUCGCCAGUCUCGCGGGCGUCGCCGGCUACGGCGCUUAUCGAG